CAUGUGUGCCUCAUUUAUUUUUAAAGGAAACUUCUGAGAAGAGCUUAGAACAAUUUUUUCCCCCAGAGUGCCAUUUCCCAAAGGUACUCGCAGAACAAUAAGGUGUGACUGUAAUGGCUGCACUGAGUUGUCUUUUGGACAGUGUUAGACGGGACAUAAAGAAGGUGGACAGAGAACUAAGGCAAUUGAGAUGCAUCGACGAACUGAGCACACGUUGCCUGUGCGACUUGUACAUGCACCCGUACUGUUGCUGUGACCUGCACCCUUACCCGUACUGCCUGUGCUAUUCCAAGCGAUCACGGACCUGCGGCCUGUGCGACCUCUAUCCGUGUUGCCUGUGUGAUGUCAAGCUGUACUGUCUUCGCCCGUCUCUCAGAAGCUUGGAGAGGAAAGCCAUUAGAGCCAUAGAGGAUGAAAAGAGAGAGCUUGCCAAACUGAGAAGAACAACCAAUAGAAUUCUGGCCUCCUCUUGCUGUAGCAGCAACAUUUUAGGAUCGGUGAACGUGUGCGGCUUUGAACCUGAUCAAGUCAAAGUUCGGGUGAAGGACGGAAAGGUGUGUGUGUCAGCUGAGCGGGAGAACAGGUACGAUUGCCUUGGGUCGAAAAAGUACAGCUACAUGAACAUCUGCAAGGAGUUCAGCUUGCCCCCGUGUGUGGACGAGAAAGACGUCACGUACUCCUACGGACUCGGCAGCUGCGUCAAGAUCGAGUCUCCAUGCUACCCUUGCAUCUCUCCCUGCAACCCGUGCAACCCUUGCAACCCCUGUAACCCCUGCAGCCCCUGUAGCCCCUGCAGCCCAUGUGACCCUUGCAACCCUUGCUAUCCCUGUGGGAGCCGCUUUUCCUGUAGGAAGAUGAUUUUGUAAAGCGUAGGAACUCAUGACUUAGUAGACGUCCGUACUCCAGCCAGGCAGCUCUUCCAGUGUUUCUCUUCCCCCUCCCGUGACCUGUGUUAUUCAGCUACAUAAGAAACCGAAUACAUAACUGCAACCCA